CCUCAUGUGCUUCCAGUCCAAUGCCUGAGAUCUUCCUUUGGCUGGUAUGAAUGGCAUGACUAUUUAAUGGAUCUGUAUGAGUAUCAAAGGGUGUGUUUUAGUUUUAAUGAAGGGAGUGUGGAGGCUGUUCCAUAAAGAAUGCCAUAAAGACUGACAAUCACUUCCAAACUCACGGAGGAUGGGCUUUUUAACCCAGCUUUUACUUUGUGCUUCACUGCUACCCUUCACUGCAGCAUUUCUAGAAUUUUCACCCUGUGUCUUUCCAUUUACUUACAAUAACACGAAAUAUUCUACAUGUACCAAGGAGGGAUCCAAGUUUGGCUGGCCAUGGUGCGCCACAACAAGCAGCUAUGACAAAGACCACAAGUGGAAGCGUUGCUAUGAGAAAGAACAUGGUGGGAACUCCAAUGGAAAGCCUUGUGUAUUUCCAUUUGUAUAUCGGCACCGAAAGUUCUAUACUUGCACAGAUGAGAACUCCAGACCCAGGAUGUUUUGGUGUGCCACCACAAGCAACUUUGACAAAGAUGAAAAAUGGAGCUACUGUGCUGAUACCAGUAAGUCUGCCCAUCUUUGUAAGUGUCUGGGAUAAACUAUAUGUCAAAUAUUUUAUAUUCAACUAGAAGAUGAAUAAGG